GAAGAACCGAAAAUAGUUAACUUUACACAUUGUUACACUCUUUUCUAAAGAAAGAAGAUUAUCUUCGUAAAAAAAAAAAGAAAGAGAGAGAUUUUAUUGUUUAAUACUAUCUACAGGGAUUUUUAAGGGAGAAUAUAUUACACAUAUUUAUUAUACAGUCGGUACUAUGGAUAUUGGCGGUUAAAAAAAAACAAAUUGUCGAAAACCAAAACAAACACUUUUUCCUACGAAGAUGGAUUUGAUAAUGUUUUCGAUGAACAUGGUUAAAAAGUUUAUGACCCAAUGGAAGGUGUUUUAACUGAGAUUACGAACCCAAACAUUGUGCUGGAAACAAUAACAAGUCGAAAAAAAAGCUAUUCAGCUAAUAAACCUGUUGAAAAAGAUGUCGUAGAAGAAACGACUAAGCAUUCAAAGGCUCAAAAUUCGAAUACUAAGACAACUACUUACAAUACCUACACUGAUUUUCAAAGGGAGCAGUUCAUCGAUAAAAUGAGUGAAGCCCCUUUUUGAAAAUGGCAAUAUCACCAAAUUUGUCCAAGAGCUAAAUAUCAACCCACGUACGGUAGAAAGAUGGUGGAAGUCCUACAAAAAAAACGAGGGAGGGGAGGAAGCACCCUAAAAAAAAUCUAAGAGUAACAACGGACCAAAAUCUUCCA